UGUGAUAAGCAGGAAAAUGCACUAUCUCUCACUCAAUCUAAAACAGAGAGAGAGAAACGAAUGAGUAUAUAAGUAGCACUUAUUGGAUUUGCCAGCUUCAUUUGAGCACUAGUUACGUUCACGUUACAUAUAUUGUCAUCAUGAACUCAUCAUCAUCAUCUGCACAUCAGGAGUACAUACUACCAGACACUCCUCCUCAACAAAGCACUUCCUUCCCAUCUUACUGGGCAGCGCGAGCUGCACAGCAGUAGAAGAAGCUUCCAACCACCACUACCACUGCUGCUGCUGCUGCUGCACCCGACAGUGACGAGUCACCACUGAAGAGCCGUGGUAUCUUUGUGGAGAGGGACUUGAGCAGUGAGGAAAUCAUCGUACCGGACAGUCCAGCAUCAACCACAUCUCAUCCGGAGUGGGCUCCGAGGCGUGUACCGCUCACCAUGAUCUCCAACAAGCAACAGCAGCAGCAACAGGGGAAGAGAAAGCUGCGAUUUCUGGAUGAGGAGGAUGAGGAAACCAUCUUUGUACCCUCAAAGAAGCACAUGUGUGAGAACUCCUCCCUCACUCCACUACUAGAGGAGGUGGCAUGGGAGGAGCGGGAGGAUGAUGAUGAUUUUGUUCCACUCAUCAAUAGACCAUCACCAAAACCAUGGAUGCCUCUCCGUGAGUUGGUGGAAAACGUUCCGCACAAUAUCAUCUCUGCAUGUGAAGAAACAAAUCAUCAUGGGAGAAGUAUUAUAUUAAAAAUAAAAAUCGCUUCUAUAAAGAAAAUCUCUGAGGUAUAUCUACCUCAGAGAUUUUCAUCCAUAAUUCCUCCAACAAAAGUUGUUAAAUUUAAUAACAAUUGUAAAAAUUUAGCAAUAGUGGUGAAGCAUGUCACUGCCACAUGGAGUGACAUUAAGAUUGUUGAAAUUUAACAAUCUUAUUGU